GCGGCGCCGGGGCGCAGCGCAAACAUGGCGGCGGCUGGCUCGGGCCGGUGAGGCGGUACCGGGCGGAGGCUGUCGGGUGUCAUGGGCGGUGGCGGCAGCACCGCCCCCGCGUCUCCCUGAGCGGGACGGCAGGGGGGCCUCUGCGCUGGGCCGGGCGAUGGACGAGAGCGGCGAGCUGGUCGGUAUGGAGACCAUGGAGACCCUCACCGAGCUGGGCGACGAGCUGACCCUGGGGGACAUCGACGAGAUGCUACAGUUUGUCAGUAAUCAAGUGGGAGAGUUCCCAGACUUGUUUUCAGAGCAGCUGUGUAGCUCCUUUCCCGGCAGUAGUGGCAGCGGUGGUGGCGGUGGCAGCAGCGGCAGCAGCAAUGGCAGAGGCAGCAGUGGCACGGCAGCCGUGGACCCCUUGAUGCAGCGGUCAUUCAGCCAGGUCCCAUUACCUUCAUUCUCUUCCUCAGCUGCUUCCCCCCAGGCUCCAGCCCUGCAGGUCAAGGUCCCUGCCACCUCAGUUCCUACCCCACCGAGGGCAACUCCUAUCCUUCAGCCCCGCCCCCAGCCCCAGCCUCAACCUCCAGCUCAGCUGCAGCAACAGACAGUAAUGAUCACCCCGACAUUCAGCACCGCUCCUCAGACAAGGAUCAUCCAGCAGCCUUUAAUAUACCAGAAUGCAGCUACCAGCUUUCAAGUCCUUCAGCCUCAAGUCCAAAGCCUGGUGACAUCCUCCCAGGUACAGCCAGUCACCAUCCAGCAGCAGGUACAGACGGUACAGGCCCAGCGGGUGCUGACACAAACGGCCAAUGGCACACUGCAGACCCUUGCCCCAGCCACGGUGCAGACGGUUGCCGCGCCCCAGGUGCAGCAGGUCCCGGUUCUAGUCCAACCCCAGAUCAUCAAGACAGAUUCCCUUGUUUUGACCACACUGAAGACAGAUGGCAGCCCUGUCAUGGCUGCAGUCCAGAACCCAGCCCUUACUGCCCUCACCACCCCUAUCCAGACGGCCGCCCUUCAAGUACCAACCCUGGUGGGCAGCAACGGGACCAUUCUGACCACAAUGCCCGUGAUGAUGGGGCAAGAGAAAGUGCCCAUUAAGCAGGUACCUGGGGGAGUCAAGCAGCUUGAGCCCCCCAAAGAAGGAGAAAGGCGGACAACACACAAUAUCAUUGAGAAACGAUACCGUUCCUCCAUCAAUGACAAAAUCAUUGAAUUAAAAGACCUGGUCAUGGGGACAGAUGCCAAGAUGCACAAGUCUGGCGUUCUGAGGAAAGCCAUUGACUACAUCAAAUACUUGCAGCAAGUCAAUCACAAACUGCGCCAGGAGAACAUGGUGCUGAAGCUGGCAAAUCAGAAAAACAAGCUCCUGAAAGGCAUCGACCUAGGCAGUCUGGUGGACAAUGAGGUGGACCUGAAGAUUGAGGAUUUUAAUCAGAAUGUCCUUCUGAUGUCCCCCCCGGCCUCUGACUCAGGGUCCCAGGCUGGCUUCUCCCCGUACUCCAUUGACUCUGAGCCAGGAAGCCCUCUGUUGGAUGAUGCAAAGGUCAAAGAUGAGCCGGACUCUCCUCCCGUAGCGCUGGGCAUGGUGGACCGCUCUCGAAUUCUGCUGUGUGUCCUCACCUUCCUGUGCCUCUCCUUUAACCCCCUGACUUCCCUGCUGCAAUGGGGAGGGUCCCACGACUCCGACCAGCACGCAUACUCAGGCUCUGGCCGCAGUGUACUGUCAUUCGAGUCAGGUUCUGGGGGCUGGUUUGACUGGAUGGUGCCGACUCUGCUCUUAUGGCUGGUGAACAGCGUGAUUGUCCUGAGCGUCUUCGUGAAGCUGCUGGUCCACGGGGAGCCGGUGAUCCGGCUGCACUCGCGCUCCUCCGUCACCUUCUGGAGACACCGGAAGCAGGCAGACCUGGACCUCGCCAGGGGAGAUUUUGCAGCUGCUGCUGCCAACCUACAAACCUGCCUGUCAGUUCUGGGCCGGGCCCUGCCCACCUCCCGCCUGGACCUGGCCUGCAGCCUCUCCUGGAACGUGAUCCGCUACAGCCUGCAGAAGCUACGCCUGGUGCGCUGGCUGCUCAAGAAAGUCUUCCAGCGCUGGCGGGCCACCCCAGCCACCGCAGCGGGCUUUGAGGACGAAGCUAAGACCAGCGCCCGGGAUGCAGCCCUGGCCUAUCACCGGCUGCACCAGCUGCACAUCACAGGGAAGCUUCCUGCAGGAUCCGCCUGUUCUGACGUGCACAUGGCUUUGUGUGCUGUGAACCUGGCUGAAUGUGCAGAGGAGAAAAUCCCGCCGAGCACGCUGGUUGAGAUCCACCUGACUGCUGCCAUGGGGCUGAAGACCUGGUGUGGGGGCAAGCUGGGCUUCCUGGCUAGCUACUUCCUCAGUCGAGCCCAGAGCCUGUGUGGCGCCGAACGCAGUGCUGUCCCUGACUCCCUGCGCUGGCUCUGCCACCCCCUGGGCCAGAAGUUUUUCAUGGAGCGGAGCUGGUCAGUGAAGUCGGCCGCCAAGGAGAGUCUGUACUGUGCCCAGAGGAACCCAGCUGACCCCAUUGCCCAGGUCCACCAGGCCUUCUGCAAAAACCUGCUGGAGCGAGCUGUGGAGUCCUUGGUGAAACCCCAGGCCAAGAGGAAGGCUGGAGACCCAGAAGAAGACAGCUGUGAAUUCUCCAGGGCUCUGGAGUACCUGAAAUUACUUCAUUCUUUUGUGGACUCUGUGGGGAUCGUGACCCCCCCGCUCUCCAGCAGCUCCGUGCUCAAGUCAGCCCUUGGUCCAGAUGUCAUCUGUCGCUGGUGGACGUCUGCAAUCACCGUGGCCAUCAGCUGGCUUCAGGGAGACGACGCAGCUGUGCGCUCUCAUUUUACCAAAGUAGAGCGUGUCCCCAAGGCCCUGGAAGUGACUGAGAGCCCCCUGGUGAAGGCUGUGCUCCACACCUGCAGAGCCAUGCACGCCUCACUCUCUGGGAAGCCAGAUGGGCAGCAGAGCGCCUUCUGCCAUUGCGAGAGAGCCAGCAGCCACCUGUGGAGCAGCCUCAACGUCAGCGGGGCCACCUCUGACCCCACCCUUAACCACGUGGUCCAGCUGCUCACCUGUGACCUGCUGUUGUCGCUGCGGACAGCACUCUGGCAAAAGCAGGCGGGCGCCAGCCAGGCCCUGGGCGAGACCUACCACGCGUCAGGCGCUGAGCUAGCUGGCUUCCAGCGGGACCUGGGCAGCCUCCGCAGGCUGGCGCACAGCUUCCGCCCCGCGUACCGAAAGGUGUUCCUCCACGAAGCCACCGUGCGCCUAAUGGCGGGAGCCAGCCCCACCCGCACCCACCAGCUGCUGGAGCACAGUCUGCGGAGGCGCACGGCUCAGAGCGCCAAGCACGGAGAGCUGGAUGCCUGGCCUGGCCAGCGAGAGCGGGCCACCGCCAUCCUGCUGGCCUGCCGCCACCUUCCCCUCUCUUUCCUCUCCUCCCCGGGCCAGCGGGCUGUGCUGCUGGCCGAGGCCGCCCGCACCCUGGAGAAGGUGGGUGACCGGCGCUCCUGCAACGACUGCCAGCAGAUGAUUGUCAAGCUGGGUGGCGGCACCGCCAUUGCUGCCUCCUGACCACCGGGCUCAGCCCACUGCCCUCCACCUCUGUGUGUCGCUCUCCCCCACGAUCCUCCCCCAAGAGCUGUGGGGACAAAGCCUUGUCUUCUGAGCUGUCACCUGCCAAGGCUUUUGGACCACUUCAGGCCAGCAGGCCCCUGGGCGGAGGCCCUUAGAGCUGCUAUCACUAGAUGCCCGUGGUCCAGGGCCUGGUGGGCCUGAGAGCAAAGACAGCAGGGCAGGAAUUCGGGUCCCCUCACUGGAGAGACAGCCUCUGCCUCCAGCCCUCCUGAGUUUCUCUCUCCCUGAACAUCUCUCGCCUUUUUGCUUCCUCAUUUUUUAUCUGGCUUUCUCUCUGGGACGUGGGGCUCUGAGCACUAGAGAGCGAUUUGCCCUCAGGACUGUGCCUGCUGUGCCCUCCCCCCUUUUUAUACGAAUGUUUUUAUACAUCCCCGCGUCUGCGUCCCUCCCCACGCCUCGCUAAGCCAGUCGUUCUCUCUCAGUUACACGGGAUGGCCAGGGAAGGAGGGGAGCCCGGCCCAGGGAGGUGGGUGGGUGGGAGGCAGGGGACAGGCCUGGGGACAGAUGAAAUAAUGUCGGCAUUAUUUUUUAAUUUUUUAAAAAUAAAUGGUAUCUUAUUUAAUUGUCCUGUUCCUUCCCACUCCCCUACCUCCUAGGCGGCCAGCCCCAGCUCAGGGUAGGCCAGGGGCAGGGAGAGAUGAAGCCACCCCUUGGGACUGGGGCCCGGGGCCUUCCACGUGGUUUCUUGGUUCCCUCCUACCUCUCCCCCAGCUCUUACCUCUGUGGUAUAGACUGUCUCCGACUUACCAUGGUUCAACUUACAAUUUUAAGACUUUAUGAUGGGUUGGUUUAUCGGGGUAUUAAAUGCAUUUUCGACUUAUGAUAUUUUCCAUUUAUGAUGGGUUUGUCAGGAUGUAACAUUGUAAUUCAAGGAGCACUUGUAUAUUUUUAUCCUUAACCCUUUACCUGAAAACAAGCCAGGGUGGCAGAGACCAGCCCUCAACCCUCCCCAGCAACAUGCCCUUGUCAUAGUGGGCACUGGGAAGGAGGUCCCUAUCUUGAUGGGGGUCCUAGGAGAAAAAGUGGUCCCACUUUUUUGGAUCCCCUGGCAUGGUGCCUACCCAAGGCUGUUUCUCCCCAGGGCUCCUGAGACUGAGACCCUGUGCUUCUCAUCUCGGGCUGGUUGGAGCAGAGGGGGCCAGGGCCCCAGUGCAGACGGGGGUGCACACAGCAGAGAACCCCCCCCCAUGCAGAGUGCAGGCUGGGAUGGGUUGGCCUCGCCCUGGGCCUGCCCUGGGGUGUGCUCGGACCCCACCUGCUUCCUUUCUCCUGCCCCUGCCCCCACUCACUGUAAUUUAUGGACCCUGCCCAGCCCACGUGUCUUGUGUAUAUACUGUGCCUUUUCUUGUUAUUGUUGAGGGUGGGAAGGGGUGGUUUUCACUGAAAAGGGGGAUACACCUAUGGCUUCCUUGAUGUUGAAUCAUUCACCGUGUCCCAGGACAUAGGUUCUUCAAUAAACACAGAUUGGUACCACCCA